AUGCUAAUUUUUAAGUAUUUCUGUUUCAUUUCUUUCCAUCUUUUUUCUUCUUACCCGACACCUUCAUUCUAUUUCUUUAUCUCUUUCUUUUUUCUUUCUUUUACAUUCCUUUUCUCCUUCCUUUUCUACUUUUAUAUGCUAAUUUUUAAACACCUUAAUUUCCUUGUCUUUAUCUCUUUCUUCAUUCAUUUUUCUUUCAUUUUCGUUUCCAUCAUCCUUUUCUUUUAUAUCUUUUUUAUGCUUUCUUUUUCUAUUUCCUUCUUCUCCACACUUUGCUUCAGUCAACUUUAUUUUAUUUUAGUCAUUUACUUUUCUGACUUCUUUCUCUCUUUCAUUUUCUUUUUCUUCUUCCCUUAUAUGUUGACUUUUCCCUUUCUAUUUAAACGUCACUCUUUCCUUUUCUUUUCGUCUUCCUUUUUGUUUUUUUCUUUCCUUCUGUAUUUAUUUAUCUCUAUAUUUUCUCCAUUCUAUUUUCUGCUUUUCAUCAAUAUUCUUUUUUAUUUUUCUCGUUUAUUUCCUUUUUUAUUUUCGUUUUCUAUCUCCCUUAUAUGUUUCCCCUUUCUUUUUCUAUACAUCAUUAUUUUCUUUCAUUCUUUUUUCUUUUUCGAUAUCAUUACUUUUCUUCCUUUCUUUCUUUUUCAACAUCAUUAUUUUCCUUCUUUCUUUCAUUCUUUCUUUCUUAGACAUCAUUAUUUUCUUUCAUUCUUUCUUUCUUUUUUGAUAUCAUUAUUUUUCUUCCUUUCUUUCUUUUUCGACAUCAUUAUUUUCUUUCUUUCUUUCUUUCUUUCUUUCUUUCUCAUUCAUUCUUUAUUUCUUUGA